UUUAAAGAUGGACGACGUCCAUGCGGGUAGAAAAGAUUGUACAUUGUUCCAGAAGCACUGCGAGAAAAUCAUAGGAAAACUAACAGAGGAGUGCAUUGACAAUUUCAAGGCAACCGCAGAUGAAGAGGCUAGAAUUAAAUUCCUGUACGACCAAGCCGUUCAGAUACCCAUAACUAUUUCGCCGAAUAACGGCAAAGAUAUAGAAAUAGCACAGCAGGAGAAAAUUAAGGGUAACUCGUAUUUUGCGAAGAAAGACUACACUAACGCUUUAAAGAGCUACAAUAACGGUAUAAUAAAAUGCCCUCAAAAUACAGCUCCGUCAAGAGAGCUACUUACAAUAUUAAUAUCAAACCGUAGCGCUACGUAUUUUGAAUUGAAAGAAUAUAAAAGAGUGUUCAACGACAUUGACUAUCUCACAGAAGUAGGAAAUUACCCGUCACAUUUGCAAUACAAGAUAUGGCUCAGAAAAGCAAAAUGUUACGACGCUUUGCAGAACGAAAGACUUUCAUCUGAAGCAUACAACGAAGCUGUGGAAAGUCUAAAGCACAGUAAACUAGACGAAAAAGCCGUAGAGAGCAAAAUAAAGGAAAUCGAAAGCUCUAGGGAGAACAAGACUAUUGUCCCCGUUGCAAAGCACGAGUUGGUGCCUGCUUUGGGCUCUGAAAUUUUCGUGGGAGGGAAAGAUUUUAUUGCUGCUCAUCCUCAUAUCAAAUUCGAGCAAGAUUCGUACCAAGGAAGGUUCGCAACGGCCGUGGAAGAUAUAGACACUGGUACUGUUAUAAUUGAAGAAAAUCCACACUGUGCUGUUGUUGACUCAGAACAUGUCUUGACAAACUGCCAAUAUUGUUGUGGCAGUGUGGAUCAACCUGUUGCUUGUCCGUCCUGCGGCAACGUUGUGUUUUGUUGCACGAACUGCGAAAGGCUGGCGAACAAAACAUUUCACAAAGUGGAGUGUGCUAUCCAAGGAUCCCUUAUCUCAUCUGGUGCCUCAGUGAACUGCUCCUUAGCCUUAAGGAUAAUCAGUCAGAGACCGUUUGCUUACUUUAACGACAAAAGGAAUAAGCUUAAGGACUUUUUAAGGGAUAAUUGCAAGAAAAACGUCAUAAGGAAAAAGACGUAUAGGUACGACGAUUACGAUAACGUGUUUUUCCUGUGCCGGAAUGAAAGUUUAAGGAAAAAAGAGGAGUUGGUGCAUUAUACUUGCAUGGCCACGUACUUGUUACGUUUAUUGAAAGCCGGGAAAUAUUUUCCUUUUGAGAGUAAGGAUGAGGUUUUGGUUGACUUAGAAGGUUUUAUCGGAGGUUUAAUUUUGAGACAUUUGCAGCUGCUUCAGUUUAACGCUCAUGAAAUCUCCGAACUCAAAAACCCCCCUAAACCUAUCAUCACAGGGGGAGUCGAAACUAACUAUGAAAGCACAACCACUGGAGCAGCAUUAUAUCCGACAUUAGCUUUGUUUAAUCACUCAUGUGAUCCCAGCAUUGUCAGAUACAACUUAAAAAACAAAAUAGUUGUGCGAACGAUAAAGCCUGUGAAAGCCGGAGAUAUAAUUUAUGAAAACUAUGGCCCUCUUUAUAUGUCAAUGCCAGUCGAGAAAAGACAAGAAACUUUGAAGAACAACUACUGGUUCGAGUGUUUAUGUAUCCCUUGCGUCGAGUUAUGGCCCAUGUUCCAUGAAAUGAACGAGUAUGAGCUGAGGAUACCCUGUCAGACAGACAGAUGCCCGUUUGUGUUUAUCGUGCAUCACGACGACGAACCUUUUAUGACUUGUGACUAUUGUCAUAAUGUUACCACCAUUUUUCCACACUUAAAGGGUCUAAUGGCCUUGGAUGAUAUAUUACCUGUGGCGGAGGCCCUUUUUGGUUUGAAUCAGUUUGAGAAAGCCAUGCGUAAAUUUAUUAACGGCUUAGAAAUUUUGUAUAAAUACACCAAACCACCCCAUCCUGAAAUUAUAAAAAUCCAGCAGCGUAUUAGAGUAUGUAUGAUCCACAUGGGUAACAAGGCUUGUGAUUAUAAAGUGAAUUUAUAAAUUUAAUUUUGUACAAAUUAUUUAACAAAUAAAGUUGC